UCGGCCCAUUCGAUUUCGCUCGCGCCACCAGCCAUGCUGACCCGAUUGCUCGCCCGUUCGAAGCCGCUGCGCACUGUUGCCGCGUCUGCCCGCUGCCUGUCCACUGCCUCACACGAUGAUUUCAAGCCCAAGUACCACGCCGCGCCGUCCAGCGACAAGGAUGAUGUGCUCAAGUUGAUUGAAAGCCAUGUCAAGACAUACCCGGUGAUGUUGUAUAUGAAGGGCUCGCCGACGUCUCCGCAAUGCGGUUUCUCGCGCCAAGUCGUUCAAAUCUUGCAUGCGCAAGGUGUGAGCUUCGACAGCGUGAACGUGCUGGACCACGAAGAAAUCCGUGAAGGCGUCAAGGAAUACUCGCAAUGGCCAACGAUUCCGCAGCUCUUUGUCAAGGGCGAAUUCAUCGGUGGGUGCGACAUCGUGACCGACAUGCAUAAGUCGGGCGAACUGGAAGAGCUCCUCAAGACCGCUGUCAAGGCGUAAAGCACCACGACACCAGCCUGCCGAUCGACGUGGACCAUAGAAGGACCAGAAAACCUGUGUCCGAUAACGUCGGGACUUUAUUACUCCA